GUACGUAGAAAAAGAAGUUUGAAUGUAUUACAGAUAUUCAGUCAUUUUCCCUUGCACUCACCUGUUUGGGCAACAGUUGCUGUCUCUCCUUGUACAAUUUCUUUGUUUCAGCCACUACAGAUGCCCAACCUCCCCCUUCCUAACACAAGAUACCAGGUCCUUUUGUGUUUUUUAUAUUGUAAUGUCUAGACGCAACUUUGCACAUAAAUACAAGAUCCUGCAGGAUACCUCAGAUGUAAAACACAUCAACGGGGGGUCGGCACCGAUACCUGCAAUAGACAAAAGGGAGUGAAAACACUUCCUGGAGGGGCAGACCCCUGCAGCAGACAAAGGGAUGUGAAAGAGGUGUUCCUCAGGUAUAAAUGUUUAGGUCUCCCCAUGCUCGAGGUCUUUCUUCAUCUUUGACCAUUCGCGUGUUGAUUGACCUUUUCUUUGCAAAGAAACUAAAACCUUGUCGGCCAGCAGAAGUUCUCUAUUUCAUUCUUCACCAGCAGCACAGAAAUUCACAACAGGAUAGCCAGCUUUAAGGUGCUUUAUCAGGUUUGAUCAAUUGUUCCUUUUUUCCUGGUCAGAGCACCUGUAGUUAUUUGCAGUCAAACUCCUUACCAGUACCUGUAGUGACGUAGAAUAGUUUGAUUCCUGAGAAAGCACACGAGUCAUGACAAUAACCAUUGUUAUUACAUGAUGUGUCAUUGUUCAUACACAGACAUGUCUACUCUGCUCACUAGACCCCUCCCUCACUGCGCCCCAGCCUCAGGAAGAGUGGCUUCCAACUUUAAAGCUCUCCCCUCUCUGAGGGGUAACAUCAAGAAAAAGAGCAAGAGGAAGAACUGGUUUGUCAGUUAAUGAUGCUAUGCUCUGGGCACAGAGAAUGAGGAAACUGAGACAGAAGGAAGGAGGGAUCAAAAUACAAAGGCUGGAAAACAUAAGGCAGCAUAAAAUCGCAGCAGAGGGACAAAGAUAGAGCGACCAAGGAACACACACAAAGAACCUGCCAUUAAGAGAGAGAAGUGGUAAGAAACUGCACCUUAUCAAAAAAUACAUUGAUACAGUGAGGUAAACUGGUUAAAUAUGAAUGAUGUUGGGAGAUUCAGCUGUUGCUGUAGCGAUUAGCUACAUUUUAACUGCUUAAUAUUCUGUUUAAUCUGUAAAAACACAUUACAAAUUCACUUUAUGUUUUCUUUAUAAAAUCUAUGUGUGAAGUAACUAACUUGUAACUAUAAUUGUCACAUAAAUGUAGCUGUUGACUAAGAAGCACGAUAUUUCUCAAUGAAAUGUAGUGGAGUAGAAGUAUAAAUUAGCAGAAAACAGUACUCAAAUAAAGUACCAGUACCCUAAAAUUGUAUUGUAUGUAACUUGAGUAAAUGUACUUAAUAAUUUCCACAACGGGAUCUAAUAUGAGGUAUUAACAAAUACUGAACAUACAUAUAGGCAAUGCUGUAGAUCAGAAAGAUAUAAAUGAAAAAUAUCCUGUUAAUGUGGGAUGUUACAUUAUGCACCUGAAAUAAAUCAGUGUUGACUUUUGAUUUCAUGUGAUGGCCAGGUAGUAAGCAGAGGUUAAAUGAAUUGUUAAAAAAAUCACAAUCGUGUCUUCAAACUGGAACAAUCUGGAAUAACAUAUCAUAAUGGUGGUACUUGGAGAGCCUGAUAUUUUCUGAGGUAGUACGUGCUGUGAAAAAUGUGAGAAACAUUGGUCUAGUCCAUUUACAGGUCUUUUAUACGCAUUGGCAUGAGACUGGGCUGCAUUAUGCUUUUGCUUUGUUGUUAGUAAUAUGUGUUAUAUGGAUAAUAUGUUUUGUCUCUCUCACAUUGGAUACUCUACACAGAAAAAGUCACCUGCACAUUAAAUGGAUACAUGCUCAAAAAUUCUCCCUGACAAGAAAAAUCUAAACACUGAUAAUGACCUCACACACAGGCUUUGGUCACACUCAGAGUACUGCUGGACACAACCACAUACGCUCAAACAAGUUGCCCACAUACUGGCUCUGCACCAUGUCAGAUCCAAAUCUAGAUAUUUGUACUUCUGGGAGAUUGAAGGGUUCCACCUCUGCUUUUAUUCCUCAAGUGGGUGAUGCAAAAGCACUGAUUCCUCCCCCACUACCUCUCAAACGCCACCAGAGGUCACCUGAAUUUGAGACAACUUUAAGCCAGGGCCCACAACUGAAAGCCUUUAAUAUAGAGAGCUCACUGGCAUGUCAGACUUCUCUUGGGGAAGUCCCAGGGGAAGUACAUGACAUUCACAGUAGCCGCAUAUUUGGAAUUUUACCAAAAGUGGAACAAAAAUGCCACAAAAAUGAACAAACACAGUUUGCUCCAAGACCUCCUCUUACACCACCUAUAAAACCUCCACGGCCUAAUAAGCCAAAAAAGGCUGAGCUAGAGGAAGAAAAGACAGGAGACAAGAAGAACAGGCAUGAGCAAGAGCUGAUGGAAAGAAAUGAGAAUACAGAAGAGAAUGAAGAAACAUCUAAAAUAGAAAGUCAUCUGCACGUAGGUAAACCUCCACGGCAGAUCUUAGUAAUAUUUACAGAAUAUCUACGGGAGAAAGGUGGAGAGGACAGGGGAAAGGAAGAUAAAGAACCUAAUAAUAUUGAGCUGACCACUACCUUGACAGAAAAUUCAUUCCUGCUAGCAAUGAAAGGCUCAGACCUUACCUCAGAUGAAGAACCUGACAUGGCAGCAACAAACAGAAAGUCUAUAGUUUCAGUGAAACAAGAACCAACAAUUCCACCACAGCCUCCUCCAAAGACACAUCAGAAGUGUCCCCCAAAACCACCAAUCAAACCUCUACAGCUCUUCAGCGCCAUGAGGUCCAGGAUAGAAGAGGAAACAGAGAGUAGGAAGCAGGUGGAUGAAUGGUUAAGAGACAAUGGCUUGGUGGACAAAGAAAGGAAUGAAGAGGAAGACGAAGGAAAGGAUGGAGGAAAGGUAAAUGUAGAUACAGAGUCAAUGACACCAACCAUGACAGAAAUGCCUUCCCGACCAAAAGAAAUAGUAAUGAAGUCCAUCCCCAAGUCUUCAGUGUAUCAGGAGGUGGAACUGCCAAGAGCAGGGCAAAGAUUUUGUCUCAUGCCCCCUUGUAGAAACAAACCGUCAGAAAUCACAACUGAGAACAAAACUCUUCAUCAGUCUCAGCUCCCAGGGAAACAACACCUGAACCAUGCAGAUGGACAAGUCCAUCCUGGUCCUCUUCCACAAAAGAUUCCUAUUCCUGUCCCAUGGGUACAAGACUCUGAAGUAAUUUCUAAGUUGCCAUCUGGACAUCAGGAAGGGACAGAGGUGGUGGGGUCGAAGUUGGAUCCACAUCAGCUGGAUGCACAGGAAAUUGCUGAGAUGCUUUUGGAUGGAGAACUAAAGCAAACAAACCAGAAGACCAAUGCAAGAGGAAAGGUGAAACAGCUUGCCAAGAAGGUGAUCGGUAGAUUGAAAGAGGGACGAGAGGACAAAAGAAGAAGCAAAGCGCUAGAGAUGGAAAUAGAUGAUACUGAACUGACACAGGAUGAAAAGUGGCAUGGGGAAGAAGGAGGAAUGAAGGAUGAGGAGAAAGAGGAAGGGAAUGAUGCAGUUACUGUGGACCAAUCAGCAGUGACAGAGACACAGAGCUAUGCUGACCGGAUGAAAGGGAGGAUUGCAAGAAGAAAUGCAACAUCUGAAAGUCCUUUCAGCUCCUUUAAAGUCUCCAGUCCAGUGAAGCUAGUGGAAGAGCUCCUGUCGGGUGAUGAGUGGUCACAGUUCCUGCACAGAGACCAGAGCCCCAUGAAUGACCCCCCUCCAUGCCAGACACACUUGGAGGACACGGGACAGCUCAGUGCGAACUUCCAGUUAAACUCCAGUGGUGAACAGGGCCUCACUCUGGAUGUGUUUGAAGGCGACCAUGCUGUCCCAGAAGAUCCCGUCUAUGAGGAUAUCGACCUGCCAACUAUUAACAAAGAAGAGCAGCAAACACGUGAGCAACAGGAGAACAGAGCACGCAGCACUGCUAUUCCAAGUAUACUGCUGGAGAGGGAAACAAAUCCGAUGAGCCCCGGGACCAAAGACAUUUAUGAUACAGUGGUGUUUAUAGAGCCUGUGCAGCCAGUCUAUGUCAAGUCGCAGUGUGUUUUGAGCACUUCAGUUCAGAAGUACAUCAUCAAGCUGAGCAAGAAGAGGAAACACAGACCACCACAGAAAUGGCAUCGCCAUAACAACCAAGCGGAUACCCUCAACCAGUCUACUACCUCCACCUCUCCACAAGUAUUCUCCACCUCCAUCUUCUACAACGUCCCACCUUCAGGAGGAGAGGAGCUGCUCUCUACAGUAAAGCCUGGAGCAAGCAGUCCCAGUCUGGCCAAGAUAAAGACCAUACUGAGAGGAUCAUCACCAAAGGAGGACAGAGGAAAGUAAUGGAUGCUUAAUCCAUUUUAUUCACAGUGUGUUCAAGGUAAUGCAGCCAGCGGUUUGGCAGGUGCCCGCCGUUAGCUCGCGACGACGCUCACACAUGACGUAGUUGAUAAACAGUGCACACUCAUUUCAAAUCAUAAAGCAGCAGUCAGUGGGAGUCUAUCGGCAGCAGUUGGUGAGAGUGAGUGAAGGUGUGUGGUGACUGGUAUUGUUUGGCUCGUAAAAACACAGAUACAACUUAGGCUUUUAUUCAUAUAAAAUAGUUUGUCUGAGUACAAAAGUUACCUGGGCCAUCAUUCAACACCUGUCUUUACCCUACUAUUUCAUGUGGCUGCUGUGAAAAAGGCCUAUAGGGCCCAACUUGAAACUGAAGUAUUGACGCACGUUAAUCAGUCAGUCGUUGAUGAAUAUGUGAUGGAUAUAUGUUCCAGGAGCUCAAUGUGCAGUAACCAUGAUUACUUCCUGUAUAUUGCACUACAGGUCUGUACCUUGUUUUUGUUUACUUUAAUCUUGUUUGCACCUAUGUGUGGUCUGAUCACUCCCAUUGAAUGUUGCACUUUUUACUGUACUGCACUAUAUAAAGAUGGGUAGCAAUAGAGUCUGUCUUAUCUCUUACUUCCUUAUUAUGUAUAUAUUAGUCAAAGUGACAUAUUGUUGUUGUUACAAGGAAUACUAAAUGACUUCAUGACUUACUGUACCAUUUUGAGUUUACCCUUCUCAUUACAGUUAUGUAGAUUCUUAAAGGCGCUGUAAGUGAUAUCUUUUUGUUAUAAUAAGUGUUAAAUAGCUGUACAUUCUGACAGCCAUCACUGAUACAGAGUGUUUACUCAGUAACGUGUCUCCGAGUCCCUCCUGUAGUAAACAGAGAAUAAAUGUUCUGGUAUCCUGUUCCCACUUUAUCCAAUCAGGAGAGAGAACUCCACAAAGAGAGCUGAAUGCAGUGAUGUGGGGACGAGGGAGGGGACUGCUAACUGAAAGAGCAGACAGGAGCCAAAAUGCCAAUUUUGCUUAGAGCACCUUUAAUGCUUGUAGGAAUGAAAGGAGGCGACACAGUGUGUUGACUGUAUGAGGAGUGUGUGUCAGUGACAGUGUCAGCAUGAUCCCAAAUGAAUGCUAAUGUUGCUCUGUGUCUGCUGUAUGUGUAAAACAUUUGCUAACAUGUUAGGCACAUCAACUUAAAAGGUGAUGGUAUGUCAGAGUUGUUUCUGCUGCCCCCAUGUGGGAAAAACAGUUAUAAUAAUAAUACAUAAUAUAUAAGCUGAAACGGGUACAUUAAUACAUAAUCAAAUGCAAAAUUAAAUGAAUAAAUUGUGGUACUUGAUGGGAAAUGCAUCACUACAUAA